AUGGAGAUGACCUUCGGCAGCGUCCAUUACAACGUCAACGCGAAGGAAUCCUUCAAGCUGUUGGAAUCCCCGCUACGGAUCGACAAACGCAUCAUCCUCAAUCGAUCUGUCGGCUGGCUUAACGGGAUCGACGUGCUCCCCCACUCCAUCGGCUCCUCGUUCGAUGUCCUCUAUUGCUGCUGCUACAGUGCCUGCGACGUGACGGCGGUUCUGUCUGUGAUUGGUGCCAGCACGCCGCGUGCUUCCGGAGGCCCCGUGACCCGGGCGACGGCGGCGAGAAGCCGCGCAAACGAUGCUCCACGCCCGCCGGCGCCGGGCGAGCCGGGUCUGAGGAGCUCAGGUGGGGAGAGGGGUCCCCCUGACAUUAGCCACGGAACAAAAACAUUCACCAAGAAGGGGAAUGGGAGCACGGGGAGGGAAGACGCAGGCACGUCACGCGCGCCCAGAGCGUCAGGCGUGGUUAAGAACAGCGCUUUGGGUUCCCUGUCAAGAGAUUCAGACAGGAGCGCUGGCUCUCCGAAGGGCGCAGAAACGGCAAUUGGUGAGAAUGCCAAUGGUAGCAGCCCGUCAAAGAAGCGGAAAAGGAUCGUUGCCGUGUAUUCCAGAAGAUACCCGAAGAGAUUCAAGGCGGUCCAAGGAGGGAAUGCCGCAGAUGUAGUUGUUGCUUCUCCUGACAGAGUGGGGAAGGAAAACACUUCAAGCGGGCAUGUGGCAGAGAGCAACAUUUCUAAGCUAUAUGAAAGUAGCAGGUUAACUGAAAAAAACAAAGUUAACCAAUAUUCUGCACCGUAUUCGGAGGUACAGCCGCGUAAACCUACCAAUGUGUUGUGCCCGCAAACUGCAGCGGCUGAAAGCAGUCUUCCAGUGAAAGCUGGAGACCAACACACUGCCCCUGCAAGGUGCUUUCUUUCUCAGUGCAAGGAUUGCUAUUCUCAGCUCAGCCUUUGCGGCUUAUUAGAUAUUAAGCAGCUGGGUAUGCAUUUGAAUCCAUGUUGA